UUUGCUUUUUCUCCUUCCCAAGUGUAGGUAGCGCCUUCGCAGUCCCCCUUGCCCGUUGUCAGCAUUCAUCGGUGGUCGAUCGCGAUCAGCAACCCCGGGCGCAGAUUCUGGUCUUGGCGGGCACAGCAUAACGGCGCGGAGCCGCUGACAUGCAACUACCAUGCUCCCUUGCAACGCGCACCUUCGUCAAAACUUCGUCGUCGGGUAUCAUCUGGGCGAACACGCGCUCGUUGCGCCUCGCGUGUAGUGUAGACGUUUAUCUCAGGGUACUUAAGCGCUGGCCUUGAGAUCGAGCGGCAGCCAAGCCUUCCCCCCUCGCAACUCCGACGACGCUGAUACGAUGGUCUCAGCUUCUUGUUCGACGCGCAGAUCAGCACCAGCGGCGGCUCUUGUUCUCGCCAGCCUGCUGAGCCUGCUCGCGCAGCCCGCGCUCGCGGCGCCCUCCGCGAUAGACUCCCGCGCGUCCAAAUCAUCAGGAUGCGGCAGCAAGUCCUCCUGGGACUUCAACGACAACAACCAUCACAUGCACCACACCACCGUCGCGGGGAACAAGCGCAAGUACCUCGUCCACCUCCCUGACGACUACGACGCCGAUUCCUCGUCCCCGGUCGUGCUCUCGUUCCACGGCGUCGCCGGCAACUCCUUCGGCCAGGAAGGUGACUCGCAGUUAUCGUACCACCGCCAGCGCCUCGCGGACAAGGGCAUCAUCGCCGUCUACCCGCAGGGCUUGGACGGCAAGGGCGGCGGAGCGUCGUGGGAUGGUGCGCCGUACGCGGAGUCGGACGCUGAUGACAUCGACUUCGUGCACGCGAUCCUUGAUGAGCUCUCCGAUAACUUGUGCGUGGACACCAGUCGGAUAUACGCUUCCGGCUUCUCCAAUGGCGGCGGCUUCACGCACCUACUUGCCUGCACGCCCUCCAUCAACAAGCGCGUCGCCGCCUUUGGCAUGGCCUCUGGCGCGUACUACCCUGCAUCGCAUCCAGGCAGCAAGUGCGACCCCGGGCGCAAAGUCCCCGUCCUUCUUACCCAUGGCGAUGGCGAUCCGACCGUCCACUUCCAGGGUGAAAACCCCAAGACGAAGACCAAUCUUCACAACCUUCCCUUCAUCAGCGACUUCGCGAAGGACUGGGCGGAACGCAACGGACAUGAGCGUGACUCCUACGACUGCUCGCGGCUGAACGGGGACGACGAUGUGCACCUGUGGACGUGGGGCAACGAUGGAGACGCCGGCCAGGUGCGCCGCUACCGGGUACUCGGAAUGACGCACAUGUGGCCGUCGCGUCCGCACAACGCGCCGUUCAACCUGUCGGAGGAGGUACUGCUCCCGUUCUUUGGGCAGUACACCCUCUAAGGACUGUUUCAUUCUUACGAGCGAGCCUCUUCAUUCUCACGAUCGACCCCAUAACGAUGACGAACUAUAUAUCUAUAGAGUAGAAGCCAUAGACGAAGCACUAGAAGUAGAAGAUGUAGCUGCUAGAUCAUGCAUCCUCGGAGUGUUACUUACAGGCGCUGGACGUCCUUUACAGUAUUUAUAUGAACCGAUAGCAUUAGUAGCUACUUCGCUGAUCAUGGAAUGGCAAAAUACACAGAGCUGGAUACUCUGAACAGGCAG